UUAUCGCAUUUCACCAGGCAAGAUCUCGUUCUACUAUCCAAGACACAGCAAGGGUAUUUUAAUCAGCGCGUGUGGAUUGGUACCGUAUCACUUGCCUGACUAAUUGUUGCAGAUAUGAGGUCCACGACGGUUGUGUCGUGGCUGGCUGUCAUGCUGACUCUAGUCACUCUAUCGACAGUACAGGCAGCAUCCAAGAACUCAUCGGGCACAACGCACCCGACCAAGUCAGGGAUCGAGGUCUGGGUGGAUCCGGAGACCCCUAAAGACCGUCACACGUAUAUAAGUUCUCGCGGUCGGAAAUGGGACCUGGUAAUGAGUGACGAGUUCAAUACCAAGAACCGCAGCUUCCGUCCUGGAGACGACCACAUGUGGACGUCGCUUGAGAAGCCCGACGGUGUGAAUGGCGCUCUAGAACUGUACUCGCACAAUAUGACAAGUACCGCUUGCGACGACGACGGCACGUGCUACUUUUACAUUAAAACCAUGGACGAAGUGAACGUCAUUCGCGUCUACAACAUGUACACGCGUCCUGCUGGGUACCAGAAUGCCUACUUCUGGUACCGAGCGGCUAUGGUGCAGUCCUGGAACAAGUUCUGCUUCCAAGGAGGGAUGCUCGAUGUACGAGCUCAACUCCCUGGUGCGGUGACAGAAAAGUCCGGUAACCCCGACCUGGCCCUUGGAAAAUCCGGUAAAGUCAAGACAACCAAGUUCUACCCUACGUGGCCUGGUAUUUGGAUGAUGGGGAACUUGGGGCGAGCGAUUUUCUCGGCCUCAACGAACCGCAUGUGGCCGUUCUCGUACAACAAAUGCGAGCCGGACGUGUUUAACCCGAGAAACCAGCGUAUCAGUGCGUGCGACGACAACCCGGGCUACGGUUUGAACCCGAACCAAGGUCGUGGGGCUCCUGAGAUUGAUCUGCUCGAAGGAGGUGGCUUGGCUAUCUCUUCGUCACUGCAGAUUGCUCCCGGUAUGCCUCUGGACUACCGUCUUUUCCCCGCAGACCCGAAGGGAGCUGACGUCACCAACCCGUACUGUGUGUUCACGUACGACUGUCUGACUCCUGGCGCCAAUAUGAUUGAUGUGCCCACAGCGUACUACAAGAAGGAACGUGGCCACAAGUCGUGGUAUCAAGGUCUUCGCUACGGGGCGAACAACCAGUGUCAACAAGUGUCUUCAGAGAAACAAGACUACGACACUGUGGCCGCUUCGGUGAAGGGCGGCAUCAAGGAGAACACGUGUACCGUUGAUACGUGUCCAGCGUCUGGAGAUGUAAACGGAGAGUUGAGCUACAUCGACAAAACCAAGUCUGCGCACUGGGGGAUCAACUCGAACGGUACUUGUUACCCGCUGAUGAACUCGUACAUGGGGGCGUAUCUACCAACACGAUGA